GGAGGAGGAUGACCGGUAAGAUUCAGACCAGCAACGUGACCAACAAGAAUGACCCGCGCUCCCUCAACUCCAGAGUCUUCAUCGGCAACCUCAACACCGCCAUCGUCAAGAAGACCGACAUCGAGGUCAUCUUCGCCAAGUAUGGCAGGAUCGUAGGCUGCUCCGUUCACAAGGGCUUCGCCUUCGUCCAGUACAUCAGCGAGAGGAAUGCUCGCGCCGCCGUGGCCGGAGAAAACGCACGUAUCAUCGCUGGACAGCCGCUCGACAUAAACAUGGCAGGGGAGCCCAAACCGUACCGGCCCAAGCCAGGCUCCAAACGGCCGCUGUCGGCCGUUUACAGUGGUUAUGAAUUUGACUAUGACUACUACAGGGAUGAUUUCUACAGUCGGCUGUUUGACUACCAUGGCCGGGUGGCCCCACCCCCCAGGGCGGUGAUCCCCUUGAAGCGCUCCCGGGUCCUGGCUCCAUCCACACGACGUGGGAAGACAUCCUUCCCCAUCAAGACCACCUCCUCUUCCUCUUCUUCCUCCAGACCACCCACCUCCUCCUCCUCCUCUACCUCUUCCGGACUCAAGUUGAAGACGGACCAGCUCCAGACCAUUAAACGAGAGCUAACUCAGAUCAAGAUAAAGAUCGACUCUCUGCUGGGUCGCCUGGAGAAGAUCGAGAAACAGCAGAGAGCCGAGUCUGAGGCUCAAAGAAAGUACGAGGACAACUGUGACUCUCUCCAUGAGGAGUCUGUGUCGGAGACAGCUGAGAACUCCGGGGAGGAGGCGGGCAACAGGGCACUGGAUGUCGAGGCCGGAGAGAUGACCGACGGGGGCGAGGAUGACUACGACGAAGAGGGUAGCCAUCAUCUGAUAGAGAACCAUGUUUCUGACAUUGACAACUGAGAACAGGACGAGGGAGCGGACAUCUCUCCGUCUUCUCUACAGCAUCAAGAGACAUCCUCAUCACCUCCUAGAGAAACCAAAGGAUCUCUGGGGGAAGGAACCAUUGUGUGGUGUAAAAACAAGAUGGUAGUCUCCUUCUUUUCCAUCUCUCUCUGUGUGUAGCGGAGACGUUGAACAACAUUCAGAUGCCCCACUGUGCAGCAGUAACUAUAUGAAUAUGGCCUGCUGCUGUCAGAAAAAAAUAUAUAAUUUUACUGCAUCUGCCCUAAUUCACUCCUAGAUAUUCAAUUUGCAAUUGUUUUCAAGAGACUGAUUCAAUCAUAUUGAUGCUAGAGAGAGAAGAACAUACUCAUUAAAAUGGUAGAAGAGUGGGUUAUUUGCUGAUGAUAACUGCCAUUCCCUUGAGUUAUGUUCAUAUUUGUUUGUGUAUGGCUUUUAUUUUCAGUGCUGAACACAGUCAAAGAGGACCAUUUUUGCAUAAGCGUUUACAUUUUUGUCCUGUCGAUUUGAUCUCUGUUUUUUUCCCCAUUUGGCCCGAAAGUAAUAAAUGAUGAUAAAACAUGCACUAUCGAGAUCACAAAUGGUUUUUUUUUUUAAGGAUUUGGAAAGGUACAGAGGAGCAUCAGUCUUGCCCAUGCAUAAGCGAUCGCAUUUGCGUAACUUUUUUCCAGAUGAACCAUUUAUCACAUGCAUGCCCUGGGGGGGGAUGAUCCAUUCUUUAUUCUGACCUCCUACCAAAUUUCAAAGGGGAAAUCGGGCUUCCUGUGAUAGCCAGCCAACGUCUGCUUUGGCUUCCUACCAGGGAACAGUGUCUCGCUGUAGCCGGCCCUGCACAGUUUGUACUACCCAGCAUGCAUCACUCUGUAGGAAGCUGUGCCCUCUCUCUCCACAUGGAUCUGACCUGUACUCGGGAGAGGAGACAAGGAGAGAAACGUGUGUUCUUUUGUCUUAUUUGAGCUGACUGCACCACCACCGCAGCACCACAUGCGCAGAGGCUUAAAAACCUAUCCGAGCAAAAAUGAAAAGAGGGAGAAUUAUAGUGCUGUACUGUCACUUAUCUCAUCCAAUUUAGAAAAUCUGCCAAAUUGAAUAAUUAAUAGAAUUGCUCCCAAUGAACUAAUUAGACUACUUUUAACUCAUUAUUGGGAUUGGAUGUUGAAAUAUUUUUCUGUUACUGAAAUUAUAAUUUUUCUGUUGUUGAUUUUGCAGAUUUUUCAUUGUUAUUGAGUCACCUAAUAGGUGAAACAGAAUCAAGGUUUCCGAUAACCUAAAUAGAAAGAGCAGAGGAUUAUAUCGAUACACAUUCUUGUACACUUUGUAUGUUGAGAUUUCUCUGCUGAAAGAGGUCUUUGUAUUUGGAGUAGAAUUCAAAAGGUUCAGAAACUGCCUCUACACAAUAGUUGAUUUUCGUACAAUCACCUCAAAUUUGAUUUCUGUUUAUUAAUAUUAUCACUACUUUUGUAUUGUGGAAUGUCUUUAAGAAAAUGGUCAUACCACUACCUGUUUUGAUUUCACAAUGAUAUAUCCCAUUCAUUACUCUCAAAAACAUAGUUUGAAAUUCAAUCAGGUCGUCACUACAGUACAUCCACACUGCUGAAACACAUUGUCACUAUACCACUCAAAGCAUAUUUUAAGUUGAUAAAGUAAUACAUUAGAUAAUUAUGUAGGCCUACUAGGUGGAUCAAGAGAAAUGCUCAUUUUAAUACUAUUGAAAGGGUUUUUAGCCUCUGGUUCAGCAGUGUGGAUUUAUUGAAUUGCAGGCUUUGAUUGAAUCCUUAGCUGACACCAUUGAGUGGAGAAAAGAGUCUCCAUAGACCAAUUAUUUGGGUUUGUUUGUUUGUUUAUUGACGAGUAAUGCAAUUAGUAGUAUGUCAUGUUUUGCAUACAAGGUCAUCUUUAACUCAAAUCUAACUCCAUAAUUUUGUCUGCGGUUUAUGCUACUCUACACCUUGCAAAUCAAAGCAAACCUUGCUAUCAAAAGCAACAAGUGUAAUUUGGUGCCAGUGGAGAGGAUUAACCAAAAACCAUUGAAACAUCACAGAGUUGGAUGUGAUCUUAAAGCCCGGAAAAUUAGAUGACAUCGUGACCUUGUUGCAAUUGACCCCCUGUGUUUAAAAGAAUACUGUACUUGGGUUGGGAGUGGAAAAGGGUAUUUUAGAGAUGUGCAAUUAAAAAAUAUUGUUGCAUAGAAAUGUACAUUUUUGUAAAGAUAUUUUUAUGAAUGGCAUGUUUAAUCUGUGUUUUUCAUUUGAAUGUAUAUGGUUGCAACUGUUGUAUGGCUAUAGGGUCCAUUGCAUAGAACAUAAUACGAUGACGUGUCAUUGAAAAUAAAAAUGUUUUAUUUGUUUUCUCUUGUCGAUAAAAUGUUUCUGAUUUAUGUCAUGUAAUUUGAAUGACACACAUUUUAUUUUACUUUGAAAAUAAACAA